AUGAGCACUUCGAACAAGGCAUGCUGCACACUCCCCCCCGUCCAAACGGACUACAAGCCAAAAGGCACUAUGGAGAAAGUGGCAGGCAUUGAUAGCUAUGUGACCGGGGAUGCAAACGCAACGAACGUUAUCCUCUGUGUCUACGACAUCUUUGGUUUCUGGGAGACGACCCAGCAGGGUGCCGAUAUGCUCGCUGCCGCGUCCAAGGCCAAGGUCGUCAUGCCUGACUUUUUGCGUAACAAGCCUUGGCCAAUCGACGCUUUCCCUCCGCGCAACGACGACGAAUCGAAGCGCUUCAACGAGUGGCUCGAGACCGUCGGCAACGUUGGCAACUCGGUCAAGGAAGUGCUGGCCAUCUCUACUGCACUCAAAGAGGGUGGUGCCGAGCGUCUCGGUCUAUACGGUUUCUGCUGGGGCGGCAAGGUCGUUAGUUACGUGGCCGGACAGAGCUCGCCGUUUGUAGGCGUUGCGCUUGUCCACCCUGCGUUUGUUGCGCCCGAGGAUGCAAACAACGUUACCGUGCCCAUUGCUUUCUUCCCAUCCAAGGAUGAGCCGAAGAAGGACACAGACGAGUUUUGGCGCCUGCUCAAGGAAAAGGCACCCAAGGCCGCGGAAAAGAGCGAAUACGUUUACUACGGCGAGAACCACCACGGCUUUGCCGCUGCGCGUGCAGAUCUCAAGGACCCAAGCAACUUCAAGGCGUACGAGGACGUGUAUAACCGUCUCUGUGCAUUCUUCUGUGGCUUAUUUUAG